UCAGCUCCUUGCAGCUCAACAACACAACGCCGAAACUGUUUGAUGUGUUGUCAUCUUUGUACGUGUCAUGCAUCUUUCUUCAGAUAUUACUACAUCUGCCCGAUACCUUCAGAAAACAACCUCUCAAUACAAGUUAUCUGCACCAGCCGAAGUUGAAGACCAGAAGAUGUACCCACUGGAUUACCAGGGAUCAGUUUUCCCACCACCCUGGCCCAAGAUGGAGUUGACUGCGCUCAUUCACUGGCGACGUGCCAUACUGGCUGUAAGCCUAAAUCUGAUAGCCCUUGCACUCUCUACCACAUCCCUCGUUAGCAGCUACUGGUGUGAAGGCACACAGAAAGUACCCAAGCCCCUUUGUGGCAAUGGGAAAGCCACCAAGUGUAUUGUGGUUCCUAUAGCCAUGGAAAGCACCAAUGCCUCUGGGCAGGAUGUGGUUCAAUACAGCUGGGAGACAGGUGACGACAGAUUUGCUUUCCGCUAUUUUCACACUGGAAUAUGGUAUUCUUGUGAAGAAAACAUAUUGGGAGCAGAUGAAAAGUGCAGAAGUUUCCUAGAACUUACACCACCAGCUGAAAGAGGGAUUCUUUGGCUCUCUUUGGGAUCUGAACUGGCUUACAUCUCUCUGCUUGUAAUUAGCUUUGGACUGCUUCUUCUAGAAAUAUUUUAUACUGGAAAUCCUGUCUGUGGGCUGAAGCUCAAUGCAUUUGCUGCUGUAUCUUCUGUACUCUCAGGUCUUCUUGGUAUGGUGGCUCAUAUGAUGUACACACAGGUUUUUCAAGCCACUGUCAGCCUUGGACCAGAGGACUGGAGACCACAUUCAUGGGAUUACGGUUGGGCUUUCUACACCGCAUGGGCCUCCUUCACUUGCUGCAUGGCAUCGGCAGUCACCACACUUAACACUUACACCAAAACGUUGCUGGAAUUCCAUCGAAAUCAAAAGGCAUUUGAGCAUAGCCUGAAGGAGCACGCCUGUUUCCUAAACCACAAAGAGUUGAGCUUUUACAGAGAAAAACCUAUACACUCAGUUUCAGAAAGUGUGGACUUUUAUUCAGAACUCCAGAAGAAGGUGUUACUGAGGGACCAUUCACUCAACCUAGAAGAUGAUGAAGAAGCAAUGGACGAAGAGCACUGCUAGACUACAAGACACUUCAGUCCGGAAGGCUGGGGCUCAUGACAAUAAAUGUACCACAAAAGCUUUGUGAAAUUCUAUAUAGAUCAUGAGGGUUUAUAAAGAACUCUAACUCAACUUACUGAGAUGAACAAUUGUAUACACUGCUACUGUGUUUCAAAGAAAACACUGAUUCGGGUGGCUCUUUUGUUUCUGAGAGGUUUGAAUUCCUCCUUUGCAACAGAUAAUGGCAUUUCAUAAGGUAUGGUGUAAUUGCUUAAAUUGAAGGUUGCUGGUGUCAGGACUUCAAUGCACUAGCUUCUACUGCAAAUCUAUGAUUUACUGCACAGUAGGAAACACAAAAAUACCUAUAAUCUCUCAGUACAACAUCAUUAAAAAAAAAUCAUGAUGAUAUUGUAAAAUGAUCCUGUUGUAAAUGUUUAAUAUAAAGUUGGAAAUACAUCUCCCAGACUGUUGGUUUAAUACAAAAUGGAUAUUGUUACGUAUUCUUGAACUGGUACAUGUGUAAAUUGUAAAGUUUCCACUGUUUACAAAAUACCCAUGUACUUGAA